CACACCAUCCGGCCCAGCUCCCUCUCUGCUCUGGAUUGCGUGAUGGAUCGAGGGGCUAGGGGGGUCUGGGGCUGGGGUAGGGGUGGGGUUGGGGGGUCGGGAUAGGGGUUGGGCGUGAAUCCCUCUCGGUGCAGCUGGAAGAGGGAACGUGCUCCCUGGGCGCCCCCGGGGGGAAUGGGUCACCCGGGCAGGUCACCUUCUGGUUGCAGAACCAAAAGAGGUCCCCAGGCACCCAGGUUUCGCCUGCGAGAGGAAGUCUUCGCUUAGCACAGUUUUACAACUUUUUUUUUUUUAAAUAAAAAUCGUCAGGCGUUGUCUGGUCUGGGAUUCACUGCGGGUCACUGCCGGCGGCAUUGUAGGGACCUCGACCCCCGCCCGCCUGGUCUGCAGGGUCUGGUGCGCGUCUGGACGCUGCAGACCUUCUCGGAGAGGCGGCGUCUGCCCCAAGCAGUCACCCCGGGGCCCGGCACGAGCCACCACGAGGGCCCGGCUGUGCGCCGCACCCCAGCUCCCGCCCCUGCACCCCGCCCCCGGGCGAGGGCGCGCGCUGAUAGGAGGGGCCCCGGCGGGCUUGGACGCCAGGAGACUGCAGACCAUCAGACGGUUAUACAGGAAAUUUCAAAACGGGUUUCCUCUGCACCUACCCUGGGUCUCCACGGCGGCAGCCCGGAGCCGGGGAGGGGGUACCUUUCGAGGCUCUGUAUCUGCCGAGCGUGCAAAGCCCGCGCGCAAUGUGCGCGCCCCACACGGCGGCGAUGCGGGCGUCCGGGUCGCGCCCUGACACCCACCCCGGGCUCCUUAGGGGGCGGCGGGACGGAGGCUUCCUGACGCCAGGCUCGGUCUGACGCACAGCUGCCGCGCGUUCGGAUUCAGCCCCGGGCUGCGUCCACACUGCUGACGGGCAUCAUCGGCCUUUCCAGCUGUCCUGCGAUCCGAGAGUUCCACUCAGAACACAGAGGGACAGACGGCCGGGCCGUUCUCCAUCCGCCACCCCAUCUCCACGGCUCCGCCUGCAGAACGGACCGUACCCCCUCAGGGACGACACACCAGAGAUCGGCAGCCCCUACCCUGAGACCCCCCGCCCCCGCCCCCGCCACGGCCGCAGCAUGGACAUGAACGUGACGCGCCCGGACAACGCCACCAUCCUGAUGCUGCGGGACCCGGCCAUCGCGGUGGUGCUGCCGGCGGUGUAUUCGCUGGUGGCGCUGGUGAGCAUCCCGGGCAACCUGUUCUCGCUGUGGGUGCUCUGCCGGCACAUCGGGCCCAAGACGCCGUCCGUCAUCUUCAUGAUCAACCUGAGCGUCACGGACCUCAUGCUGGCCUGCGUGCUGCCCUUCCAGAUCUACUACCACUGCAACGGCAACCACUGGGUGUUCGGCGUGGUGCUCUGCAACGCCGUCACCGUGACCUUCUACGCCAACAUGUACUCGUCCAUCCUCACCAUGACCUGCAUCAGCGUGGACCGCUUCCUGGGCGUCGUGUACCCGCUGGCGUCCGCCCGCUGGCGGCGCCGCCGCUACGCGCUGGCCGCCUGCGCCGCCACGUGGCUGCUGCUGCUGGUCGCGCUGUCCCCGCUGGCGCGCACCGACCUCACCUACGCCGUGGACGCGCUGGGCAUCGUCACCUGCUUCGACGUGCUCAAGUCCACCAUGCUGCCCAGCGUGGCCAUGUGGGCCGCCUUCCUCUUCACGCUCUUCGUCGUCCUCUUCCUCAUCCCCUUCGUGAUCACCGUGGCCUGCUACACGGCCACCAUCCUCACGCUGCUGCGCUCCGCCGACCGCCACGGCCGCGCGCAGCGGCGCCGCGCCGUCUGCCUGGCCGCCGUGGUCCUGCUCGCCUUCGUGGCCUGCUUCGCGCCCAACAACUUCGUGCUGCUGGUGCACAUGGUCAGCCGGCUCUUCCUGGGCCGCAGUUACUACCACGUCUACAAGCUCACGCUCUGCCUCAGCUGCCUCAACAACUGCCUGGACCCCUUCGUCUACUACUUCGCGUCCAGCGAGUUCCAGCUGCGCCUCCGCGACUACCUGGGCUACGGCCCGCUGCCCGCCGCCGACAGCCCCGACAGCCGCCGCGAGAGCCUCUUCUCCGGGCGGACCCUGUCCGCGCGCUCCGUGGACGGGCAGGAGGCGCCCGAGAGGCCCAGCGUGAGGCGGCAGGAGAGCGUGUUCUGAGACAGGCACCCCUCAUCGCGAGGGGGUGGAGUGUUGAGGGACAGCAGGGGUCUUUUCGGCCUGUUUUCGGUCACUCCGGGCGCAGGGGGAUUCAGCCAGACCACGCUGGACGGGCCCUUUAGGGCCCCGUGCUCUGGGGUCUCAGGGAACCCGGAGACAUCAGCUGGUCCCCCCUCACCACCACCACCAUCGGAGCCUGGCAAACGCCAGGGUCAGCUGCGCUGGGUUGCUGUCGGGGGCUCAGCUUCUCCAGUCAUGUCUGACCCUUUGCAACCCCAUGGACUGACUAUACAGUCCACAGAAUUCUCCAGGCCAGAAUACUGGAGUGGAUAGCCCAUCCCCUUCUCCAAGGCAUCUUCCAACCCAGG